AUGAACCCAGGGUCGAACUUCUUCAUUGCCCACAACUAAAAGUCUAGUCUUUUAUAAGAAGUGUAUGUAGUCAUCUGCUCUCACUCUAAACCCAUCAUGACUUCCUCAGAAUCUAUGCCAUCCCAUUAUACCCGCAUCGUCCUCAACGAGAGACCCGAAACCAACAUUACACCCACCACAUUCCGUACAGAACGCGUCCCUUUUUCCGAAUUGAAGCCCAAAGAGAAUGAAGUCAUCGUUCAACUGCUGUAUCUCUCGCUUGAUCCUGCUAUGCGCGGAUGGUUGAAGGAUCAACGCAGCUAUGUGCCUCCAGUUCAGAUUGACGAGGUGAUGAGAGGCUUUGGUCUGGGACGGGUCGUUGAGAAGGGAAGCAAUUCACAGUUGGAGGUCGGGACAGUCGUGACUGGUGUUAUCGGCUGGCGUGAUUAUGCCGUUCUUCCAGAGAAAGCCCUAACGAAGAUCAAAGUCCCACAAGGCGUUCAGGCUCUUGAUUUCCUAAACACACUCGGCUUGACCGGAAUGACCGCAUACUUCGGCCUCAAAGAAAUCGGCAAACUCCAAAAAGGCGAAACUCUCGUCGUCUCCGGUGCAGCAGGUGCCGUCGGCGCUCUCGCCUGUCAACUAGGUAAACGCACAGGUGCCAAGGUCUUCGCUAUCGCAGGAAGCCAGGCGAAAUGCGAUUGGCUCGAAAAAGAACUCGGUGUCGAUAGAGCGUUCAAUUACAAGAGCCCGACUUUCAAGGAGGACUUUAAAGAGCUUGGAUAUCUGGAUGUGUACUUUGAUAACGUUGGUGGGGAGAUUUUGGACAUGUGCUUGGGGAGAUUGAAUAGAGGGGCGAGGGUGGCGUUGUGUGGGGCUAUUUCUGCGUAUAACUCUGCCAAACCCGAAGGGAUUCGCGGUUACCUCUCUCUGAUCUCCCAGCGUGCAAUGAUACAAGGGUUCAUCGUGUUUGACUAUCAGGAUAGGUAUCCCGAAGCCAUAGCAGAGAUUGCUGAAGGUCUCAGGGAUGGAUCUAUCAAGAGCAAGUUUCACAUUGUGGAUGGACUUGAAAACGCCCCGACGGCAUUGCCUAUGCUCUUCAGCGGUGGCAAUACGGGUAAACUUGUCGUAAAGGUGUCGGACGAACUCAAGUCAAAUCUGUGAUAUAACCUUAUGUGUUCGAUCAUAUUAAUUCAUUGAGAUACACUAUACCGCGGGAUGACCGAGAGUCGGCAAGCAGACAUACCUGGUUCAAGCAUACCCGUGGCUAAAGACGAGAAAUAAAUAGUUACUAUACUUUAGUAAGGUACAGGCCGUUGGACACCAUCAUGUCACUUCCUCCUAAUCCCGCCACUG